AUGUCUUACCUAAAGGUCACCGAAGGCCUAGGCCCCCUUGCCGAAGAGCCCAGCUCUCACCUUGCCCAAGCCCUUGUCGAAUCCCCAAAUGGCUUAGCUCUUCGCAAAAGCCCAGCUCCAAGCACAACGCAAAUCAUCCUGACUCAGCUACUUUGCCAACACCUACAAAAUAUGGAGAGUCAACUUGCCGAACGGCAAGGGAUGGGCAGCAACAAAAUGGAGGCCUCCAAAAUGGCAGCAACUUACCUCAGAAAUUUGAUCUAG